AUGAGUUUAAAUAGAAUACAAGAAAAAGUUUAAGCAUUUACUUUUGGAUCAGAGUAAUUUCCUCUCACAAAUAUUCCUAAAUCUUCUCAUGAUUCUAAAUUGCCACCCUUUAAUAAAAUUUCAAAAUCCAAUAGAUAAUUGCAAUUUCAAAAUUAAAAUGAUCUACCUAUAUCUCACAAAAGAGGAAAAUCAUAAUAAUUGAUAGAUAUAAUACAUAAUAAAGAAAAUCAAUUUGUUUCUCUUAACAUUAAUUAGAGAGUACAAACAGAAACUAAUUCAUCAAUCAUCCACAAACCUCCUUAAAGUAGAUUCAGACUUCCUAGAAAAUUAUCAAAUUAUUCAAGACCUUAAUCAAAAGAAGAUUAAAAUAGAUAUAAAAAUAUUGCUGAACAAUUAAAAUAAAUGUUUAUUCUUCAGAAAUAUUUACUUGAAUAAGGUUAGAAUGCACAAUUACAAUAACUAUAUUAAUAAUUUGAAACACUAUGUAAAUAAUUAUGA